UUUGAAUAAGACCACAGUAACAACUUCCAAACAGAUUGCGAAAAGCUGUUCUAAUUUGUUUUGAAUGGCUUAAACGUCCUAAGCAGUGACGGAAUUUUGUGCUAGUUUCACUUUGCUUUUCACAGACCGAAAUGACAGCAAAAAAACGAAAAAAGGUUGCGUAGCUAAGGACUACCAAAUUUUACAUCCAAACACCACUGGGGUCUAGGUCGUUUUGAAAAAUGCGCCAAAAUGAGUCCCUUUUUUGUUCAAUGAUACAAUGGAUCAAGACCCACUGCACAGGCUCAGUUGGAUAUGAAACAGAGAAUCACCUUUCUAUUACACUCCUUAGAGGACAUUGACACUGACAAUGUGCUAUUUUCUGAUGAAAAGGUGAAGAUUCCAUCCUCCUUGUUCAGCCUACGUCAGGAUCGAAUAACCCUUACAAAGGACGAGCUUCCACAAGAGAUUUCUGAGCUAUUCUCCAAGCUCUAUAUGUUCAGGAUUCAAUGGAGCUCUGAAACUGCAAAAAGGACAGAGGUUUUCCAAAACUUCCUUCAACUGGGCUUCGCAGCCCAUCUCAUCCCUUCAACAUUGGAAUAUGAACCCGUAUUUGACGAGUUUGGUAAGUUCAUAGCAAAGAACUUGGAUGUUAAAUUCACGCAUGAGAACCUCAUAUCAACGGCCACCUCUGCAACGUAUAACUCCUUAGAUGAGGUGAAGUCUUCAACUUUCCAACAGUUUUUGAGUGUGCUUACUCCAAAAUUGGACCGUAUAUCUUUUGUACAGGACUUUGAUAUCAAAUGGGAGCAGUCUGAGCUGGUGAUUACUUGGAAUUCGGAGCCAUUUGACUCAACUAUUGAAAGAACUAAUGAAAUUAGGAAAGAGGUUGCUCUAUUCGAAUCAAAGGAACUCUAUGGUGAUUUGGAGCUUGUCGGGUUCAGAACUGUGAUUGGGGAAGAGUAUCAACCACCUGAAAAGACUUUACUAAUAGUUAAACCACGACAUUCUCUAGUGAAGGAUACAGUGCUAGGAGUAUCAUUCCAACAACCGGUUGGAUUGCAUCCAGAUUUACACAUUGACUUUUCUCCAAAUGUCACAAGUCCAUUUAGCUCUUGUGAAAUGUUCAUCGUGAAUACCAUGCCUAGCGUUCUCUUCUUUGAUCAAUACCAAUAUAACGAGGAUAAGCUGCAUCUAGUGAGCUCUUGGGGUGAAAACGAUUUGGAGGCACCUAAUUGGAAGGUUGAAAAGUUUGGAAGUGUUCAGCUAUUCAAGGUCAAAGACUACACCAAUGGUGUAGAUAUCAAGUUCCAUACCAGAUAUAUCAAACCUUCAACUGAAAACCAUUUCAAAAUUGCCACUCCAGAGGUGUUUUGGGCAUGCGAAGCAGAUCUGUUUAUGGCAGAUUGGGACAUGAUUGAACGUAAUCCAUUUGAUAACUAUAACUUGGGAUUUGAGUCCUUUUUUGAACCUUCAACAGUAUUCUAUCACUACAACAAGAACGUGUCAAGCCUGCCACUCACAAUCCCAAGUGCAGACGCUGAUGAUUUCAGUACAGUUCAGAUAGUAACAUCUGUCUCUGUUGUUAUUGGAAGUAUAUACCUGUUGAUGAAGCUCUUUGGUUCUUUGGUUGCUCUCAACAGACCUGAAACAAAAGACGAAAAGAAGAUCAAGUGAAUUUGCAUUUCAUUAGCUAUAUAUGUUGAAAGAAAAAAACAAUGGCAAUAAAAGGCAAAUGAGACCAGUCAAUUAUCAUUACUGAAGCAUGUAAUACAGGUUCAUUUUCUUCCAUGUUUCUUAGCAAUACGGCGAAGAGCUCUCAUUUCGUUCUUCAUCACACCAUCAACCAUUCUGUACUUACCCUUAACACCCUUUGGUCUUCCACUAAGACCCUUAUUCUGACCCUUGGCAUAGACGUAGGUAACCUUAGGCUUUGUCUUUUGUUUCUUGGUCAGCUUUCUCAUCAAUUUGGAAAUCUCAUCAGCCUUGUCCCUCUCAGACUUUUCGCUGUCUUCCGCAAUCAAAUCGGAUUUCUUCUUCAGCUUUUCCA